CUCAUCCGAGGCAGAGGGAGAGCAUAGCAGCGGUUGAGAGAGGAGAACGAAUCCCAUCCACAGACCACUCACACUUCGGAAAUAAUCCCUCUUAUAACCCCUCCCCCUCCUCACCCCCUUCUGCUCUAGCUAGCGUCCUUCUCUCAUAUUAAUGGAUUAUAGACCAUCAGAGUGCGGGAAGAAAUAGGAGGGAGGAGGAUAAGAAGAGAAAAAUAGAUAGAUAGAUAGAUAGAUAGAUGGGAUUCUUGUCGUCAGCCCAUCUGCAGGGACUGAGCUCAUCAGCAGCAAUCAACCCAUUCCAUCCUCCAUCUCAACGCAUCUCUACGUCCCACUUGACCUUCCCCAAGAGCAGAGGCCAAACCGACCUCAGGCGUUCUUUCCAAUUCGCUCGGCAUCGUGGGAGAAGAAGAAGAAGAAGAGGGGCAGGAUCGAGCUCGGCGGUGUGCGUCCUGCCAUUGACUGAAGAGAAUGUUGAGAUGGUUCUGGACGAGGUGAGGCCGAGCUUGAUGGCGGAUGGAGGAAAUGUGGCCCUCCACGAGAUUGACGGCCUCGUCGUGGUGUUGAAGCUGCAAGGGGCGUGUGGGUCGUGCCCGAGCUCGAUGAUGACUUUGAAGACGGGCAUCGAGACGCGCCUCAUGGACAAGAUCCCUGAAAUUCUGGCAGUCGAGCAAAUCCUUGAUACCGAGACCGGUCUCGAUCUCAAUGAGGAGAACGUAGAAAAGAUUCUUGCGGAGAUAAGGCCCUAUCUUUCGGGCACAGGAGGUGGUUUGCUGGAGCUUGUUCAGAUUGAUGGCUAUGCUGUGAAGGUUCGAUUGAGCGGACCUGCUGCUGGGGUUAUGACUGUCCGUGUAGCUCUGACGCAGAAGCUAAGAGAAAAAAUUCCCUCAAUCGCAGCUGUCCAGCUGACAGAGUAGUAAUCUUAAUUCUUAGUCCCAAAUGUCCUCAAGCAAUUUUAAUAUAUUGUAUAAUCACAAAGCAAUCAGUUGUUCAGUCAUCGCAGAGGGUCUAAGUGUUGUCAUUGGAUUGAAUAACUUUCAGUAACUGGGAUUGUUCACAGUUUUACACCGUAUGAGAUAAUUUAACUUUGCUA